AUGUCUUAUACCAUUCAGCAACUCAUUGAGAUAAAUCAGGGAUGCACUGCACUGAAAGAUGAUUUGGAGCCUUCAUAUGGAUAUGUCCCCACAAAGGGAGCAGGAAUGGCGUUCUGCAUCCUCUUUGGUCUAUCUAUGCUUGCACAUACUUUCCAAUUUUGCUGGAAGCGCACAUGGUGGUGCAGUGUCUUUGCCAUCGGAUGUUUAGUCGAACUCAUUGGUUGGGCUGGCCGGACAUGGUCCUCUGACUGCCCAUAUAACUCGACAGCAUUCAUGAUCCAGAUCUCAACUUUGAUCAUUGGUCCAACUUUCUUCACAGCAGGAAUCUACAUCCUCCUGGGUCGAUUCAUCCAAAUCUUCGGCCGCGAGUCCUCCUUCCUCUCGCCAAAGCAAUACCUUUGGAUCUUCUGCACAUGUGACGUAAUCUCACUCGUCGUCCAAGCAGCCGGUGGUGGCCUUGCAUCUUCCGAAUCGGACAAAAUCGGCGGAGACACGGCACCAGGCACAAACACCAUGGUAGCCGGUAUCGUCUUUCAGCUGAUCUCUAUUACAAUCUUCGUCGGGUGUGCAGGUGACUUCCUCCGUCGAAUUAUCAGACUUGGAUAUCUGAGCUCGGCUUCGGGGUCUUUCAUGAUGCUGAUGGGUGCGAUGGUUCUGUCGGUUGUUUGUAUUUACAUCCGGAGUAUUUACCGUACUGUGGAAUUGGCGCAGGGGUGGAGUGGAUAUCUCAUUACGCAUGAGUCUUACUUUAUUGGGCUUGAUGGUGUCAUGAUGGUUAUUGCUGUUGGAAUUUUCAAUGUUUUUAAUCCUGGCUGGUUGCUUUCUUCUGUUGGGGGUGCUGGUUUACCUGUUUCUCGGCCGACUGCUGAGGUGAAGCCUGUACGCUAUUGA